AUGCUCCAGUGCGCCGGGUGCGAGCGGCCCAUCCUGGACAGGUUCCUCCUCAACGUGCUGGACCGAGCCUGGCACACCAAAUGCGUCCAGUGCUGCGACUGCAAGUGCAACUUAACGGAGAAAUGCUUCUCCAGAGAGGGCAGGCUUUACUGCAAAACAGACUUUUUUAGACGGUACGGCACUAAGUGCGGAGGCUGCUCUCAGGUCAUCUCCCCAACCGACCUCGUCCGGAAGGCCCGAAGCAAAGUGUUUCACCUCAACUGCUUCACGUGCAUCAUAUGCAACAAGCAGCUGUCCACCGGUGAAGAGCUCUACAUCCUGGACGAGUCGAAAUUCGUUUGCAAAGAGGAUUACCUGAGCAACAGCACGGGCAAAGACUCAAACCUGCUCUCCAUAACGACGUGCAGUGAGCCGAGCCUGUCUCCGGACUCUCAGGACCCGCAGGAUGAUGGGAAAGACUCGGAGGCGGGUCACCUCUCGGAUAAAGACACGUGCAGUAAUGAGAACGAGGAGCAGAGCGCGGGGGCGAAGAGACGCGGCCCGCGCACCACCAUCAAAGCCAAGCAGCUCGAGACGCUCAAAGCGGCGUUCGCGGCCACGCCCAAGCCCACGAGGCACAUCCGGGAACAGCUCGCGCAGGAAACCGGCCUCAACAUGCGGGUCAUUCAGGUAUGGUUCCAGAACCGGCGCUCAAAGGAAAGACGUAUGAAGCAGCUGAGUGCACUGGGGGCGAGACGUCACGUACUGUUCCGCAGUGCGAGGAGAAUGCGGGCACUGGGGGAGCGAGUGGAGCCCACCGAGCUCAUGAUGCCCAACGGCCACUUCUCUUAUUAUGGAGAUUAUCCAGGCGAAUACUAUGGACCAGGAGGUAACUAUGACUACUUCCCUCAUGGCCCUCCAUCCUCACAGGCCCAAACUCCAAGUGAUUUGGGCUACAUUCCCUCCUCAGGCCCAGCUGGGACUCCACUGGGCACCAUGGACCAUCACCAUUCUGGCCAUCAUCCCUCAGGAGAGAGCCAGUGUUUUGGUGAGAUGGUGCCACAGCAUCCGAGCGACUCCCCCAGCCCGGAGCACAGCAUCUCGGCGGACAUGAGCAGUGCGUUCACCUCGAUUAGCUCACUCAGUGCUAACGGAUACAGCUCUCAGCCUUCAUCAGAAAUGAGCGAAGGCACCGUGUGGUAG